AUGGAUCUUUCCCUUUUUUACUUCCUAUUUACCAUAUUUAUACUACUGCCAACAGCUGAUCAAGCAGAAUUUAAUCUUGACUCAUGUCCAACGUCUCGUCGUUUGUUAUUCUUUGGUAGAUUUAAUUUUUCUCUAGGAGAAAAGAAAGUUGAUCAUGUUUCGUCAUUGUUAAAAUCAUCAUCAUCACCGUCGAAACAUGUUCGAAGAGAUCAAAAGCCUGGCGUCACAGUAGUUUAUGUUCGACCACAAACUUCAAGUGAACUUGGUAAAAAAGUUCGUUCCUUUAGUCAUUUACUUAAACCAAAAUUGGUUAAGAAAGAAGAACAAACAACAGUAAAGAAUAUUAAACUUCAACAGAAGAAAACAAAAGUUAAAAAAGCAAUACAAAAGAAAAAAGCAACUCAACAUAAUACGAAAACUCGAGAUUUAGUUGCUAUUAACGAUGAAGAACGUGAUCGAUGUCGAGCAUUACUUCAUAUCGACCAGGAAACUAUUGUAACGCCAAUAAAAAAGUCAAAGAAAACAAAAGAUCCAAAGAAAUUAAAACCAUCCAAAGAACGCAAUGUGACAACAGAAGCAAAGAUAAAAGUUGUUACUCCAACUAAACCUUUGCCUGUAAAAAACGAUAAACAGAAAUCUCAAAAAUCAAAACCUGAAAAAGUCAAUACCAAAUCCACUUCAAAUGAGAAGAAAAAACCUACGAAUAAACCGAGUGAGACUCAACCACUCACUCCACCACUACCACCGCCCACUAUCAAUCAAGCACCUAAAAAACCUCAAACCCCUCCACCAACUCCACCGAAGUCUUCGACUCCUCCCCUUCCUCCUCCACCGCCACCUAUUUCGCAAACGUCAACAAAAUCAAAACGAGAAAAAGCGCCGCCCAACAUUGCAGCACCAUCAGAUGUCAACGAAGAGAUUAAUAUUGAUCAUAAUGAAAAAAAUAAUUCAGUUGUUGAUCGAGCUUAUCAUUUCGUUCGAAAUAUGUUUCAAUUAUCUGAUGAUAUACUCGAAAAUAAUUAUACGCAUGACGACGAUCAAAUUCUUUCUUCAAUAAAUGAAGAACAACAUCGCCAAUCCCGUAAAUUACUUUCUAUUGAUGAUGAGGAAGAAAUUAUUUUAAAUGAUAAUGAUAGACAUGAUUGGGAUUUCGAUGAAUUAAAUGAGAAACCAUCUUUUGUAUCAUUUAAUGAAUUACAAUUGUCAUAUGUUAAUGUAUUGAAACGACAAUUAUUAUCUGUCAAAAAAACUAAAGGUUCAAUACCAACAGAAGAUUCUUUUAUUAGAUCAAAAAAAACGAAUUCCGCUGCAAAUAAACCAAAAGUUGGCUGGACUUAUCGUUAUCGUAUAUCACGUUUUCUAGCUGAUAAAAAAUCUAAACGUUCUGUUCAUGAUAGAAAACCAAUUGGAGGAGGAAAAAUUCAUCCGCCAUCAGCGAUUAAUAAGAAGAUAAGUUCUUCGGCUCAUACAAAAUUUUCCAAACGUAAACUUCUUGGAUUCGAAAGCGAUGAUGAGUCUGAUUCGCAUACUAAUUAUAUAUCAAAUGAAGAUAUUGUCAAUACUGUAAGCAUCACACAAGACUUUGUUCCUAAACGACAAUUGUUUGCUGCGAAAAAAGUCGUUGUUCAUGAAGAAGAAACCGAGGAUGAACACAAUAUUGAGAAAGUUAAUGAACGUCGUCGUAAAAAAUCAUAUGAAGAAAUCACUGAUCCGGUUGAAAUUGUUAGUUCAUAUGAACGUGGUUUAUUUAAGCCUCGUGUUGGUUGGCAAUUUCGCUAUCGUGUAUCGCGUUAUAUUGAUAGUUUACGUCAAAAUAUUCGUGAAGAUCAAGAACGUUUAAAAUUAGGUUUAGAAGCAAUCAAACGUAAAACACCACAAGAAUUAAGUGGAAGACGUAAACGUGUUUUAGAUAAACCGUUUGCAUCUGAAGAACAAGAAGUAGCACCUCCUGCUGAGGACAAUAAGCCUACUGUAGGCUGGCGCUACCGAUAUCGUAUAAGUAAAAUGUUAGAAGCUAAAGCACGUGGUGAAUAUAUUGACGAUGAAGAAGAGAAACGUCAAGCACGUCUUGAUCCACAACGUAAACAAUCGGGUCUUGGUAAGCCUAUUAAUGACGACGAUGAAUGUGUUGAAUGGGAAUAUGAUAAUCUUGACCCUGAAUUACGUAAGAUCAGCGAAGAAGGUCGACGUGUUGGAUGGGCAUAUCGAUAUCGUGUUCGUCGUAAACUUGAUGAAUUGAAACGGCAACAAGCAGAAAAUGGAAUCGCAUUUGAUUUGGAAACACUUACGAGUGAACUUGAUAAGAAAGAAGCUACAACUCCAACAAUUACAACAGCUGUGCCGACUGAAAGCGAAGCUGAAGUGAAUAAGAAGAGUGUCGGAUGGCAAUAUCGUUAUCGUGUUUCGAAAAUGUUAGAAGCACAAAAACGUGAAGCAGCCGAAGCACAAUUAAAAGACAAAAAAGACGAUCAUGUACCUUUACAUGAACGACUGGACCCGGAAUUAGCACGAUUAACACCAGAAGAACGAGCUGUUGGAUGGCAAUAUCGUUAUCGUAUUCGACGUAAACUUGAUGCUAUCAAAGAUGCUACACGAGAAAGUCAAGCUGGCAAACAUAGAAAGCACAGAAGAGACAAAGAAAAAAUUCUUAAAAAAGUCGAAGAAUCUAUUGAAACGAUUCUUAACAUUGACGAUAUUGAUGAAACACCAUUCAUGGAAUAUUUUCGUCGUAGUUCAAGUUAUAUUUUAUUUGGUCUACUGCCAGCAGGGCGAAAAUCGAUAUGUCUCUUGCCAUUGCCUGUGAAAUUCUCAUUUUGCUAUGAAAAUGCAGAGGUUACAGAUACACUAGCUUCUACUACGACAACAACAACUUCUACAACAACAACAGCAGAAACUGAUUUCACAAAACGAACUUCAUCGAAGAAAACACGAACAAAAAAAGAAAAACGAUCACCAAAACAAUCAGUACCUUCUAGUUCGAUUAAAUCUGGUACGUCCGAUGAAACUAUUGUAGAAUCAGUCGUCAAACCUGUAUCUAAAACACCGGUGAAAACUAUUGAGAAACCACAGAAAAAACCAGUUCGUCAACGAUUGCAAUCAUCUACACGAUAUCAAAAUGAUGAACAAGUGAGACAUUUUGAUGAGGAAGAACAACCAAUUAAAAAAGUAAUUGGUGUUGAUUCACAAAGAAACAAAAAUAAAAAACAAAAUCAAAUCAUUGGUAAAGAAGUCAAAGUUAAACAGAAAAAUUCACAAACAACUCCUCUACCUGUUACCACAACCACUUCGUCUAGCCGAAUAAAAACGGCAACAUCGAGUCCAGUUGUAGAAGCUCCUGUAACAAAACCCACGCCCAAAACAACUACUGCUCCUCCUCCUCCUCCUCCAGCUGUCGAAACUCCUUUAUCUACAACUACUCCUGCACCACUUCGUUCUAUCUCCGAGAUCAUCCAAGAAGAAGCAACGACCUUUGUGACAACAAAAGCAACAUAUCCUGAAGAAACAGCAGAAGAAAUCAACGAAGCGAAUGAAAAUUUGCAACUAACGAUAACAACAACAACAACAAUAACAUCGACGCCGUCCCCACCAUCGAAUGAUAAUGCAUUGUCCGAUGAAGAUGACAGUGAAUCAAGUCUAAGUGAUACUGACAGUGACAGCGACAGUGACAGUGACAGUGAGAGUUCUUCAACUGAAGACUCAAACGAUACCGAUGAUAAUGCUGAUUUAUCGCCUAUGAAAAAAAUGAAACAAAUGUAUGAGAAUGCGAAAGAGAGUGUGCAGGAUGUCUUUGAUUUACAAGAUGAAAAAGAUAGCUCGUAG